UACACAAUAUCUUUAAUGGAACUGGACAUCAUUUAUCGUUGAUUAACGAUAUGCAUAUUUUAGGAGUAGAAUAAUUGUUACAUUGGUACAGCGUAAUAUUAUUCUUUAAUAUACAGGGAAAUGGCGACUAAUUGGACUAUAUGUGGCACAUGUGAUUUUCGCCAUAUAACUAAACCGUCAGUAUUUUGGUGUUCCGAAUGUGAUGAAGGCUUAUGUCAGGAGUGUACUGAACAUCACAUUAUCUCCAAGGCAACUAGGGGGCAUAAUACAAUUUCUAUCGAUGAAUACAAGAAACUACCAUCGACAAUUCUAGAAAUAACACAAACAUGCAAACACCACAAUGAAAAGUUUCAAAUAUACUGUAAUAAACAUGAUUGUCCAUGCUGUAAAAAGUGCAUUGUGGUGAUCCACAACGAGUGCAAAGAACUUAUUGAUAUUGAAGAUAUCAUAAAGGAUGUAAAAUCUUCAAAUGCGUUCGUGGAUAUCGAACACACAUUGGCAGAAAUGUCUGAAAAUAUUAAAAGAAUUCGAAAAGACCGUGAACAAAAUAUGACCGAAAUUAAGGAAACAAGAGAAAAAGUCGAGUCUGAAAUCAAAAUGACAAAAUUAAAGAUUGUAAGCUAUCUUGACAAACUACAAGAAGAUAUUUUGGAAGAACUUGGCGAAACAGAGAUAUCGGAGAGCAAACGAAUACAGAAAUUGUUAACAUCAGUACAACAAAUGGAAAAGAACGUCACUGAAUACCAACAUAACAUAGCGAACAUAAAACAACAUGCAUCAGACCUUCAGGCAUUCUUGGUCCUCAAACGAAUAGAACAUGACGUAGAAGAAAAGGAUAAAUUCAUUCAAACAUUAAUGAAGAACAAGCACUUGAAUCAUGCUACUCUGUCUUGGAAGAUAAGCUCUGACCUUCAGAAUUUUCAAACCAGUUUAGCAACAUUCGGCAAUAUUGUUGUCGAGUCCAAAUCUAGUGGAAUAACUAUUGCAAGGAGAAAAGACAAACAAGCUCAGAUCAUGGUUAUGGCAACAUCGCCUAUAUCUUUAGACAAAAUAGAACUUAAAUUAAAGGCAACUGUUUUUACGAGAGGCAAUCCCAUAACUGGAUGUUCUCUGUUUUUAGAUGGUAAAAUGAUUUUUUCGAGUUAUGAAGAUAAGAAGGUUUAUGUUUUCAGAAAUUACAAAUGAAAACCGUUCAAGAUUACAUUCGAAUUUCAAAAAUUUGAGGUAGAACAGAUCGACGGAAGUUUAUUUGGUAUCACCACUGGCUAUGAAGGUGGUAGAAUCAUACUUAGGGACCUAUUAGAGAGGAAUACUAAGAAAAUCAUAGACAUUGAUGUAUCAAAUGAUGGAAUAGCUGUGAGUGGUGAUUGGCUGUAUUUUAGUGCAAGGAAGAACGGAUUGAUGCGUGGAAAUAUAAUUGAUGGAUCGAUUUGGAAAGUAGUUAGGGAGCCAAUGUCUGGAUGUGCCUAUAAAACUGUAUUUGGCAAGAAUCUUUACUUCACAAACAAAUCGAGGAACACCGUGACGUGCAGCAAUCUGGAGGGACACCUCAAGUGGAUAUUUAAAGAUGAAAGUAUUUUGUCUUUUUCGCUGGGUAUCUCAGUGGAUGAAUAUGACAACAUUUAUGUAGUCGGAAACGAAAGUUCAAAUGUUGUUGUUAUCUCUCCAGAUGGAAAACAAAGCAAAGUUAUAUUAUCUUCUGCAGAUGGACUUGAUUGCCCUCAAGUUUUACAUUAAAACCGAGAAAAUAACCAGCUGCUAGUUACAAACCAAAGUGAACAUGCGUUUGUCUUCGAUGUACCAUUCAAGUGAACUAUCAUACUUCACAUGCGUUUCGUAUCUUAGUGAAAUUGUUUUUGUGCGAUAAUUUAUCUGUUGCCUUCUGUGCUUUUAUCAAUUUUGAAUUUCUAAUUCAAUGAUUAUAAAACUUUGUCAAUUUUAAUACAUUUUGAUUUGAUUUGGUUUUAAUUGUAUUAAUUGUUUUACACAUUUC